GGCGCGAAAAAUCUUUCAAUCACAUUUGGAAGACUCGAUCGAUUCAAUCAUGGCGACUGAAGGCGAAAAUGCUACUGCAUCAAGCUCGAAUUUCGAAGAAGAAAUUAAGAAACUUAUGGGAAAAGGAAAAGUUCAUAUGGUUUGCAGCGAGUUUGUGGAGGCUGUCAAAUGUUUCGAAGAAGCGACAAAAAAACUAGAUGAAAAGUAUGGUGAAGCUUCUGACCAUUGUGGAGAGGCAUACUUUUACUAUGGAAAAUCAUUACUUGAAGUUGCCAGGAUGGAAGGAGGAGUGCUAGGAAAUGCUUUGCAGGGAGCAAUUGAAUCAAAUGCACAAGAGAAUGGUACUGACACAAAAGGAGAGAAAAGUGAAGGGAAAUSUGAAGAAGAAAACAAAGAAAGUUCUGAAGCUACAGAUCAAACACCCAAAGAAAAGAAAACAGAUGAUGAGAAAGCUAAAGAAAAUGAUAUAUUUGUUCAUGAUGAAGUUGAUGAAAGCGAAAAAGAGAAAAUCAGUGCUGAUGUACUGGAUGCCAUGACAGAAGGUGGCACUAAAGAUUCCACAGAAGAAAGUGAUUCUACUACACAAGAUAAAAUGACUUCUAAGGAAAACCAAGACAAUGAAAAUAAAAUGGGGGCAACUUCUGAAGGAAAAGAUAAAAGCAAGACUGACAAGCCUUCAGAAGUUGAGAUGGUUGGAGAUGAAAAAAAGGCAGAAGAUGCCAAGGAGGACAAUCAAAAAGAUGUAAAGAAAGUUGAAGAUGAGGAUAAAGRUCCAGUGGCAGAAGAAUCCAAAGAAGAUAAUAAACAGGAAAUGACAGAAGAAAAUAAGGAAGAAAAUAAAGAGGAAGGAGAAGAGGAAAAUGAUGAAAACAAUGAGGAAGAAGAAGAAGAAGAAGAAACGGAAAGCAUGGAAACAGGAGACGAUAAUGCAGAGGAAGCUGAGGAUGAACCUACCUAUAUGGAACUUGCGUGGCAAAUGCUUGAAAUGGCUAGAAUUAUAUUCAGCAAGAGAGACACCAAAGAAGGAAAGCUCAUGCUUGGACAAUGUCAUCUAAAACUUGGAGAAAUUCAAAUGGAACAAGAGCAAUUUCUAAGUGCAGUAGAAGAUUUCCUAAAAUGUUUGGAUAUACAGAAAGAGUUGCUUUCUCCUGAUGACAGACUUUUAGCAGAAACAGCAUACAACAUUGGAYUGGCCUUCUCUUUCCAAUCCAUGUAUGACAAGUCUAAAGAUUAUUAUAGUCAAGCUCUAGAAACUAUUAGUCUCAGAAUAAAAUCUCUUGAAGAAAGCAUCAAAGAAGCUGAAUCUAAAAGCAAAGGCAAAGACAAAGCAACACCUGACAAUCCUUUAGUUGCUAAUACCAAAGAACUGAAGGAAUUACAGGAAUUGUACCCAGAAAUAAAACUGAAGGUUGAUGAUGCAGAAGAAAUGAUAAAACAAGCAAAGGACAAGACAAGCAUUAGUUCUGUCAUGGGUAAUGGUAGUACAACUACUAUUGGUUUUGGUGAUUCCAGCAAAGACUGUAAACAGCAGGAGCAYACCACAUUGAUUGCUACCAAGAAAAAACCAGUAGCGGCAACAGACAUUUCCCAUCUCGUACACAGGAAUAAGGUGGGUUGUCGGUCAGUCCCUGGGGUUCAGGUAUUUCCCAGUGAGGAAACCAGAAGAGGCUGAAGACGAUUCUACUGCUAAAAAACCUAGACAAGAMACAGAAGAUGCAGAAUCCAAUGGAAAAUCUGCAGAAACAACUAACAAUAAUGGUCAACCAGCUGCCAUGGAGACAUGAAAGAGUACAUGUUAAAGGACUGUACAUAGAACUUGAAGCUAUCAAAUCACUGCAAUCAUUUACAAGAGAACUUUCUAUAAACAUUAGAUUACUUGAAAUGUGAAAUUCAUUAAAAUAUUGAGCAAAAAGUUGUCAUGAUUAAAGUUUACAUAAAAAAUGUC